GGAUGGAUGCGUGGAGGCGGGCCGGGAUUGCGGGGGAGAUGGGCUUGGCGCAUCACAUGCGACCUCGGAAUGUGCAUCAUCAAAGAGCAUCAAGUCCAUCGAGUCUUGUGCUGCUCAUGCACCCACCUGUCCCUUCAUCAACGAUACCUGAUGCUUUCCCUCGCACCUCAAAUACACGCGUAAUGUGAAGGUCAACAUGGCAGCGCAGUCGACGUUACGGCAUGGCCCGGACGAAGCACUCCGGGCUCUCCUUACUCGUCUGGUCGACCGCCUUCGUAAGCGACUGAAACGAACUUCUCCUACUCUCCGUCUAGCAGCAGCACUUCUCUUCACUCUCGGUCUUGUCGGUGGCAGUCUCGGCUCGUACAAGUGGUGGAUUGAAAGUCGCAAGGAGAAAGAGACAGGAAGACGACUGCUACGACGCAACUCCGGCUUGAGGGCCAAAGACGGCACUCGCACCAUCUAUGUCGCAUACAAAUCCUCGACGGCAAAGGUCGUCAUCAAUCCUACCAAGCCAACCACCUUUGAUGCCCACCGUCGCUUGUUCUUGCAACCUCCGAGAGCUGUCGGUCUCAGCGACAGCAACCUGCCACAAGUCCCUCCUCUUCAGACAAAACCUGGCUUGAACCUCGCCUUCCUACAUCAAUUUCUCAGUCUCAUGAACAUUCUGAUCCCGCGAUGGGGAAGUAAAGAGACGGGUCUACUGUUCAGUCAUGGUGUCUUUCUGCUACUCCGAACAUACCUCUCCCUUGUUGUCGCCCGUCUAGAUGGUGAAAUUGUACGAGACUUGGUUGCUGGCAAAGGCAAACCAUUCCUAUGGGGCAUCGCAAAAUGGUGCACCAUUGGAGGUCUGGCCAGCUACACCAACAGUAUGAUCAAAUUCUUGCAAUCAAAGGUCUCGAUAGCUUUUCGAACCCGUCUCACCCGCUACAUCCACGAUCUAUACCUCAACGACAAUCUUAACUUCUACAAACUCUCAAACCUGGACGGCGGCAUUGGCCAUGGUGCUGAUCAAUUCGUCACUCAAGACUUGACCCUAUUCUGCGACUCUGCAGCUAGCCUGUACUCGAGUCUGGGAAAGCCUCUGGUAGAUCUGGUCGUCUUCAACUACCAGCUCUACCGUUCUCUUGGCCCACUGGCUCUGACCGGUUUAUUAGCCAACUACUUUGCGACUGCCACGCUACUCAGAAGGCUUUCGCCUCCAUUUGGCAAGCUAAAGGCUGUCGAGGGCAAACGAGAAGGUGACUUCCGAGCUCUGCAUGCUCGCCUGAUCGCCAACGCUGAGGAAGUUGCCUUCUAUGGAGGUGACCAGAUGGAAAAGCUCUUCCUGGAUAAGGGCUUCCAAGAACUCAAGAGAUGGAUGGAGGGCAUUUACAGCCUAAAGAUCCGAUACAACAUGCUCGAAGACUUUGUCCUCAAGUAUUCUUGGAGUGCUUUUGGCUACCUCAUCACUUCUCUUCCGGUCUUUCUACCUGCUUGGGGUGGGCUGGCAGAAGUGGGCGACAAGAAGUCAGCACAGCCAACUUCAGAAGCCGCCCUCAUGGCCCAGACACCAACAGACGAGUCUGGCAAUCGCACUCAAAACUUCAUCACAAACAAGCGUCUCAUGCUUUCACUCGCAGACGCAGGCGGUCGCAUGAUGUACAGCUUGAAAGACCUGUCAGAACUAGCAGGCUACACGUCUCGCGUCUACACUCUAAUCAGCACACUCCACCGUGUCCACGCCUCCGCAUACCACCCUCCCCGCAACACAUAUCCUGAGUUAUACUCUCUCGCUGACACCCAAGGCACCCUCCACAAAGGCUUCUCUGGCGUCCGCUUCGAAAACGCACCCGUCGUUGCACCAGCCCUAUGGCCUCAAGCUGGCGAAGAACUCCUCGAUAACCUCAAUUUCGUCAUCCAAAGCAACCAACAUAUCCUCAUCAUCGGCCCUAACGGUAGUGGCAAAUCCGCCCUCUCAAGAAUACUAGCUGGUUUGUGGCCUGUGUACCGCGGUCUGGUAUCUCGCCCUCGCAGUGUCGGCCAGGAUGGCAUCAUGUUUUUGCCGCAACGACCGUAUCUUUCUCCAGGCACACUGCGUGAUCAGGUUAUCUACCCGCAUACGGAAUUCGACAUGCGUGCUUCUUCACGCUCGGAUGCAGAGUUGGAGCAAAUCCUCGAAGAUGUGAGACUAGGCUAUCUACCAUCAAGAGAAGGCGGCUUCGACACGAGAAAAACAUGGAAAGACGUUCUUUCAGGUGGCGAGAAACAACGCAUCUCUUUCGCGAGAUUGCUCUAUCAUUCCCCUGCUUUUGCGGUUAUUGAUGAAGGUACUUCUGCUGUUUCUUCUGAUGUUGAGGGUUUGCUGUACGAGACAUUGAAGAAUAGAGGUGUGACGUUACUCACCAUUUCCACUCGGGCAAGUUUGAAGAAAUAUCAUGAUUUUGUUUUGACCCUUGGAUUGGGCGAACAAGGUGAUGAGUGGGAGAUGCAGAAGAUUGGAACAGAGUCGGAGAAGGAUUCAGUGGAGAAAGAGAUUGCCGAACUCAAGGAACGGCUGUCCAAAGUGGGUGAGUGGAAGAGACGGAAGGCGGAGAUUGAAGAUGAGUUGGCUAAAGUGUGGGUUGAGGGGGUGGGUGUUUUGGAGGCCGCCGACUACAAUGGGGAGGCAGAGGAGGUCGAGGUGUUGGAGGAGGAAGAGGGAGAGGAAGUUGCGCUUAGUGAUACCGAGACUGAGAGGGCUGGUGGUGAGGGAGAGGUGCAAGAUGAUGCUGCUACUGAUGGGUAUGGCACUGAUACGCAAGAAUUUGUCACACCUGCUGCCACGCCAAUGGAAAGAGCGUCACCGUAGAGGUAGAUACGUCCGUUACGAUAACUCAUGGUCAAUGCAUUUCCAGUUCCACUUCUCGCUC